GUCUUUCAGUCGGAGUAAUAACAGUGUUGCGCAUGUGGUAGAAAACGUUUCAUGCUGUCUAACGUUAUUAAACAAGCGGCAGUAACAAUAUCAUUAAAAAAAAUAAAAUAACACAAAAAACGAUGUUGUAGCGCUGCUUUCGUCAUGUCCCAGGAGGAGUUGUGUCCGGGUUCGGCAGCAGUGAAGCAGCCGCUCGGUAAGGUCGGGCUGGUCGUCACUGGGCUGCUCGGAGGUUCUCUGCUGGCUCUUUAUGCGGUCCUGGUGCCAUUUGUCACUCCUGCCCUGAGGAAGAUCUGCCUCCCGUUUGUACCUGCGACCACAGCCCAGGUGGAGAAUGUCCUCAGGGUAUUCAGGGCCCGUUCAGGGACCCUGGUGGACAUCGGCAGUGGAGAUGGAAGGAUAGUGAUAGCAGCAGCCAAGCGUGGAUUCCAGGCGUCCGGCUUUGAGCUGAACCCCUGGUUGGUGUGGUAUUCCCGCUACAAGGCCUGGAGAGAAGGAGUUCAUUCCUCCACCUCCUUCCAUAUCUCCGAUCUGUGGAAGGUCAGUUUUGCGCAGUACUCCAAUGUCAUCAUUUUUGGAGUCCCUCAAAUGAUGGACCAACUGGAGCUGAAGCUGGAACGCGAGUUAUCCAGUACGGCCAAGGUGGUGGCCUGUCGCUUCCCCUUCCCUACCUGGGUACCUGAACAUACCACCGGAGAAGGCAUAGACACUGUGUGGGUGUACAAUGCCCAGACAUUUAAAUCACAUCUGACGCAAGAAAUGACAAGACAGGCAGCACCAGACCAAGUGCACAAAUCAGACUCACACACAUGACUUGUAGAAUCAAGUCAUUGAGUUUGCUGAUUUAAUAAACAAUAUGUGGAGGAAAAAAAAACAAAACACAUGCUAGACUUUAUCACAUGACUUGAUUAUGUCUUAUGUAUGAGACUGCAACAUCUUUAGUUAACAAAAUGUCCAACCAGUUGAAAACAGGUGCAAGAAAUGCAGGAGUUUUGUGUGGAAAAAAUGUUCAAUUGCUAUACUGUGUUUUAUAAAAGAAAAGUCUGGUACUGUA